AUGUCCGGCUCACCCGAAGGUGUUUACGAACCAGGCGUCGUUGACCCUGGAUUGCCCGUCGCCAACUCCACCCAGCCCUUCUGGCACUCCGAGCUACACCCCUUGUCGGACCACAAGUCUGCUUGGCCUCAAUCAAUUGUCGAUGUUGUUAUAAUUGGCUCCGGUAUAUCGGGCGCCAGUAUUGCCCACAAUUUGUUGUCGAGACGCCCAGAUAUCAACAUCACUCUUAUCGAUGCGCGUAGCCUUUGCUCCGGUGCGACAGCCCGAAAUGGAGGACACAUCAAGACCAUGACGUAUGCCGUCUGGGAUCAUCGCAAGCAAAGGCUUGGACUGGAAGAAGCGAUUAAAAUGACGGCUUUUGAACAGAGCCACCUCGACGUCAUGGCUCAUAUCGUUCACGCCAAUUCACUCGAGUGUGACUUCGUGCCCGUACAGGGUGUGGACGCGUACUACGAUGAAACGGUCUUUGCAAAAGCCGUAGCCGCGCUUCAAGAUAUGAGAUUGCAUGCCCCCAAUCUUGCGGACAAGUACAAGAUAUGCACAGACACCACAGUGCUGCAAGGGGAGAUGAAGCUUUCCGCUCGUUGUGUUGGCGCCAUCACCACUCCCGCAGCUUCGGUGUGGCCAUAUAAAAUGGUCACCAACCUCUUAGCAACUCUGGUCAGUUUCGACAAAGUCAAUAUACAAACGGGCACACCCGUCCUCUCGAUCGACGACCGGCCCGGAAGUCCAUUCGCCACUGUUCGUACAAGCAGAGGCGAUAUACGUGCAAAAGCCGUGGUACAUGCUACAAACGGCUGGCUUGGUCAUUUGUUGCCUGAAUUGCGUCCGUAUAUUUCACCUGUCCGAGGAAACGUGGUGCAUUACGGCUCUGUCGCAUCGAAAGAAGACGCUUCGGUCAACGCGAAAUCUGCUCUGGGCCUUGACAGCAAGUAUUCUUUCUGGCUACGCUACGCAGACAAAGACUACGACUAUCUUAUCCAGCGUCAAGAUGGGGGCAUUGUCGUCGGACGUGCCAACAUGGGUCGAAGGGCCACCGGGGACGACAGCCAGACUGAUCUACUUCCCAUGGCGCACCUACGCGGUUUCGGUGAUCAGGGUUGUCUCUUCAGCUGUGGAAGGCUCAUCGGCGCACAUCACUGA